CAGGAGUCACUAGAAAACUCUAGCCACGUCUAGAAAAGUUGACACCAUAUCUAAAUGCAUACAGUGCUUACAAGUGACAAGUUUUUGUUAGUUGUUGCUUUUAUAUUAUCUCCCCCAAUUUCCAAUCUAAUUCCUAGGCAAAUUUUAACGUUUAAUUACACUUUACAUAUAGAGAAAAGUUGAAAGAUGCAAACAAGAUUAGCUAUUUCUUCAGCUACAAAACUACAUCGACUCUUAUUGGCACAAUCUCAAAAGUACUUUCCAUACAAAUCAUUUUCCUCUUCUUCUGGAGGUAGAACAGCUGAUCCCGCCGUCCAUUCUGGACCUCUUGAAGGAGAUGACUUAGAGGAAUCAGUAAAGGUAGCAGUAAACGAAAAGAAACAACCCGAUAUAAAGUCCGGUAUAGACAAGGAUCCAUUUGGGCUACCCAAAUCACCAAUCGGGUCAUCUCAAAAGAUUGAAAGCACUGGCGUACACCAACCUAUAGAUCCUUUGACACAACAAAAACGACAGAAAUCUAGUAAUGCUACUAAUAAAACAUCAUUAAAAGAUGUCAACUGUGCUGGAUUGGAUGGAACCCCGUUGCCCGACGAAUCGAAAAGCAAGGGAGAAAAAUUUGAAGAUGAUAGAGAGUAUUUUAGUCAUCAUAAGCCGUCUCCAUUAGCGGAAAUGGAGAUGGCUGAUACGAGGAAGCCGAUCACACAGGCGAUUGAUGCGCCUGCAGGUGGUGGCAUUGCUUUAUACCCCGCCCCUUGGGGCGGGGUAAUGGUAUGGAGGCCGGAACAAUUGGAUACGGCUGAAGAGGCUCUUUUGAGAGCUGUGGAGAUAUGGAAAGAGAAUGCUAUGAGGGGAGAUCCGAAUUCACCUCAAGGUAGGAUUCUUAGAAAGCUUCGUGGGGAGAACUGGUGAUUAAUUCAUCUUGACUUAAUAAGUUCAGAGGAUCAUCUUUGGCUGUUAUGUUUUUCUGAUGAUUUGCUGCUUGUUUUUCUUUUGUAAAAACAGACAUCAUGUUUGUAAAUGGAAAUGUCAUGAUGUGUACUUUAAGAAAAGCAAUGCCAAGUUCUGUUUUUUUAA